UGAUUUUCUUUUUCAGUUCUGUCAGUUCCUAGUUUUCCAGUGCUUUGCUUUAUGUUCUAUUUUUAAAUAGUAUAUGAAUUAAAAUUCGUAUUUAGUUUAUCAAAUUUUUCUUUAACAGUUCCUUUGUUUUAAUUACGUGAAUAAAAUUGAAGUAAACAGUAAAUUAAAUUCGACGUUAAAAUGGUUAAUUCUAGUUUAGCGUAUGAAAUUCUGCUUUAUAUCAAUUCGUUUUACUUCGGACUAUUCGCAACAUGUGAACUGGGCACUCUCAUCCUGAAGUCGGUUUUAAUUAUUGAGAAAUAUGAAGUAGAGAAAGAUCCAACAAAAAUAGGUCGAGAUUAUGGAGUACUCGUGGGCUUGUUCGUUAUUGAAGCAGCCCGACUUAUAUUGGGGCGGAAAGGAAGUCUGAGUGAAAAAGAUUUACCAGUAAUAUUCUCAGUGCUGCUGACGGUGCCAUCAAUAUUGGGUGUUUUAUACCUUCUGAUCUUUCAAGUUGUGGUCUUGAGAAUAGAGUACAUCUGGUGUACCCUAAUGUUAUGCAUACAGACCCUAGAGUUCAUAUUUGCGUCCAUGUUCAUAGUGUCUCUCUGCAGAGGACCUUCCUAUGACUAAAAAAAGUCAUGUUCCUUUUUCAAGGAGCAGAGUGCCUUUAGCACUAAUUUUAGGCCAGUGUUAUUGAAAACAUUUUUUAAGAAAAGUAUUUACCUAAAGAGGUGUGUAAGCACAUUUAUACAGUUUACCUACAGUUAUCCUAACUGCCUUUCAGUGACAAAUAAUUUUUAAGAAGCAAUUUAAUAUUCUUACCAAAUAAGACCAAAGAUUUGAUUAAAAAAAUGGAAUAAGAUCUCAUCUCUCAUCAUUCACUCUACAUUUGCAAUUCAUAUGCAAUAAGCAUGUGCCAGAAAUAUAGGCCAAAUUAGUAAAUUUAUCUUAAGUAAAAUGUUAAACCAUAUAAAAGAGAAUUAAAGUAAUUUGUAUGCUGAUGCAGGCCAAGCGUAAAAUGGCUGUAAUAGAGUGAUGCCAUGCAAUAUAUUUUCUGAAUAUCACGAGUAAGCCUAAGAAUGAUGACUGGCUAUUUACCUAAAUAUGUAUAUUAAAAUUGCUUUUGUGUUGUAUUUUAGCCAUUGCUAUUAUCCUAUUAUUUAGUAUGUAAAACUAAUUUAGGGAAACCUUUUGAAUAAUGUUACUAACAACUUUUAAAAGUAUAAUUUAUUUAUUUACAUUUUGUGUGACGCAGUAGUCUUAGGAUUCUGAUUGAGAUCACUCACAAGCAAGAUAAAAUAGACACUGUUUGGAAAGUUUUUUGAUUAUGCACUAUUUUUGGAAAAGAUAAUUGUGAUGCACAAAACAAUAAUGCAGUGUUAUGCACAAAACAUUUUAAAUAACAUAAAAUUGUUCAACUUCUGUUACACAUACUUAAUGAGAAAAAUAAAUUAUUUUAUUACUUAUAUUACAAGACUGUGGUAAUAUUUACAAACUCCACUUAAAUUGUAAUGGCAAUGAUUACCUGAUAUAGAGAAAAAGUAUUUUAAUCUGUUAACUAUUUUAAUAUUUGAAUACUAGUCAAUAAAUAAGUAUUACAUAAAAUGAAAUAAGCAUUAUAAAUUAAUAAUUACUAGUCAUUCAUCAAUACAAUUUUUAAAAAUCUACAUACAUACUUAUUGUGUUAAACUUUUUAUGCAGUCAUACAUUUUAACAUGUUUUUCAGAAUAAAUAUUUGAAUUGUAAAAUAAUAAACAUAAUAUUGUAAUAUUAAGAUACUAUGAAAGCCUUCCCCAUUGUUGUUUAUAUCCAUCCGCUAAACGUAACUAUAAGUGAUAAAGUGGCCUUUAUUUAGAUAUUUAUACAGAAUAGUUACUAUCAAAUCUUCCAUUGUUCAGUAGAUAAAUUACACCAAAGUUUUACAUUAAUGUGUGUGAUUAUUAUUAUUUACAAAUAAAUGUACUUAGUAAGAGGUCUUUAUAAAAUUUGUAAACCUUAAAAUAGUGUUUCAAUAUAUUAAAAAUAU